UAGAAAUCAUGACUCCCCAAGUUUUAUUCGAAACCACUCGCCUCACUCGAGCCAGGGACGUUAUCUCCCCUCCUAUACAGAACCCCACAGGCCACAAGAAAAGAAGAGACACAGGCACAGCAGCAAGAAAGGAGAAGAAAUGAAACUCAAUCUGCUUUGCUUGGCCUCUCUGAUCUUCCUUUUCGUGAGUUCUUCCGCUGAAUUGCCUCGUUCCACCCCAACUCCCUUGCCAUGGCCCGAGCAAUUUCACGCAAUUCUCUUCUUGAACUUGAACUCCACUCGCCUCCAAAUCAACGACCUCUGGUACGACUGGCCCAAAGGCCGGAACGUGAAUAUAAUUCAGAGGCAACUAGGUGAGCUGCAAUAUGAUAUUGAAUGGAACAACGGCACUUCGUUCUAUUAUACUGUAGGUGCGGGCGGGGCAUGCGAGGUAAUGCAUUUCGAGGUGGGUAUUCCUCGCCCAGAUUUUCUUGAUGGGGCUAAUUACCUUGGAACUAAGGCCACCGAUGGGUUUCUGUGCAACGUUUGGGAGAAGGUGGAAUUUAUUGUCUACUACGAGGAUGUCCUCACGAGGAGGCCAGUUCGGUGGGAUUUCUACGAUGGGAUAUCCACACACGUGCUUACGUUCGAGGUUGGUGCGGUACUGCAAGAUUCAGUCACCCAAGCACCUGCUUACUGUUUCGAUCAGGAAACUAAGAGAGAAAUCUUAGAAAGCAGAUUAAUCUAAUUUGUAUAUGAAGAACAUCAUGUGUAUGCCCGCUUUUUUAUCCGAUGAUCUUUUACUGUUCUGUGCUUGAACUCCGUCGUCACCAAUACUGGUUUAUGUUUAGCUUUGGCCUUGUAGUUUGCAUUUGCUUGGAAAAACCUCUUGUAAAGAAGCACUUUCAAUGUGCUGGGGAUGCAUCCGAUAGAUAUCUACAACACUUAUACCAUGACAAAA